AUGGAGUCCGAUUCAGACUCAGACGGCUCUCAUAUCUCGGCAACUCCGCCACGACCAAAGCCGCCUCCAAAGCCCACCCUAAUCUCCUCCCAGUCAUCCAGACCUAAGUCGUCCUCUAAGUCCAACUCAAAAGCCAAAAAGCUCUUCUCCGAUCCACCCGUACCCGCCAGACCCGACCCGGCACCCGACCCGUUUCCGCCUCUCCCCUCCGAUUUACCUUUCCAGAUACUCCGACACCCGCCCGCGAACCCCGCCGUCGAUUCUUCCUCCAAAUCGGCGCCGUGGUUCUCGAAGAAUCGACGAGUCAGCAUCGAUUUCGAUCCGGCCGCGUACGACCCGCCGUCUUCUUUCUCAGCGCCGGAGAACUCAAAGCCUCAGCCGGAGGCUGGUAUCGCUCAGUCUGGUUCCGCUUGGGUCCCGCCGCUGCAACCGGAGCCCAAAGUUGAAGCUAGGUCAGGGUUUCCAGCCAAAAUUGUGAGGAACGUGAAUCUGAUUCGAGGUAAUGCUCCUCUGCCGCCGGUGAAGCUCAAAGGCGGAGCCGAAGGCAACUUCGUGAAGCUCAACCUGAACGGAAGGAAGCGGAAGUUUCUGAACAAGGGCAGAAGAGGUAGUUCCAGUUCUUCUUCAGGUCGCCGGAAGUUUUACCGGAAAGGUAAAAGAAAAUUGACGGCGCAAGACGGAAAUGAAGACGAAGCUAAUGGCGAUGAAGUCACGGAUGCAAUUUCGGAGCAGCAGACUCGGAGCCAGGACAGUAAAAAGGCCAAGAAAUUCGACCUGGAAGCGUUUGAGGAGGUGGUUGCGGCGGCGAGGGAGGAGAGUUCUGAUGAGAAUUUGAUGAAGUUGUUGAAGGUUACUUAUGGCUAUGAUUCGUUCCGGGAUGGGCAGUUGGAGGCAAUCAAGAAUGUGCUUGCCGGAGAGUCCAUGAUGGUGGUUUUGCCGACAGGUGCUGGCAAGUCGUUGUGUUAUCAGUUGCCUGCUGUCAUUUUACCUGGGGUGACUUUGGUGGUUAGUCCAUUGAUUGCUUUGAUGAUUGAUCAGCUUAAACAGCUUCCUUAUAUGAUUCGCGGCGGUCUUCUUUGUAGUAGUCAGACAAUGGAAGAAGUUUCCGGGACGAUUAGGAUGGUUCAAGAAGGGGGGAUAAAAGUGCUUUUCGUAUCCCCAGAGAGAUUCUUGAAUGCAGAAUUCCUGUCUAUAUUUUCUGCCACCCCGAUAUCUCUUGUUGUGGUGGAUGAAGCUCACUGUGUAUCUGAAUGGUCGCACAAUUUCCGGCCAUCAUAUAUGAGGCUCAGAGCUUCUAUGCUUCGUUCCAAGCUCAAUGUGAACUGCAUUCUUGCUAUGACAGCUACCGCCACAGCUACAACUUUGAGUUCUGUCAUGUCAGCUUUAGAGAUUCCUCUGACCAAUCUCAUUCAAAAAGCCAACCUAAGGGAUAAUUUACAACUAUCAGUUACAUCAAGUGGAAAUAGAAUGAAAGAUCUGCUGAAGUUGAUCAAGUCUACUUCCUUCAAGGAUGUUCAGAGUAUCAUUAUCUACUGCAAGUUUCAGUUUGAAACAGAAAUGAUAAGCAGAUACUUAUGUGACAACAAUAUCAAUGCAAAGAGUUACCAUAGUGGCAUCCCUUCAAAAGAUCGUACUCGUGUGCAGGAGUUAUUCUUUAAUAACAAAAUUCGAGUGGUUGUUGCAACUGUGGCCUUCGGCAUGGGCCUUGACAAGAGGGACAUUGGCUCUGUGAUUCAUUACACCAUACCAGAAAGCUUGGAGGAAUAUGUUCAGGAGAUCGGAAGAGCUGGACGGGAUGGAAGGACUUCCAAUUGCCAUCUCUAUUUUGACGACACCACAUUUUUCAAACUUCGAAGUCUUAUGUAUAGUGAUGGUGUGGAUGAAUAUGUGGUAAACAAAUUCCUCUGCCAGAUAUUCACCAGUAAUGAGAACUUUCAGGGAAAAACUUGCUCAUUGGUUAAAGAAACUGCAUCUCGCAAGUUUGAUAUGAAAGAAGAGGUGAUGCUCACAAUUCUAACGCAGUUGGAGUUGGGUGAAGUGCAGUAUUUGCAUUUACUUCCAGAGAUCAAUGUAACUUGCAUUUUGAACUUUCAUAAGACUUCUCCAGUUUUGCUUGCUGGAAAGGAUGUUCUUAUUGCAGCAAUUCUGAAGAAGUCUGAGAUUAAGCAAGGACAAUAUGUAUUUGACAUACCGACUAUAGCAAAUAGCAUUGGAGUUACAACGACCAUCCUAUCCAACCAUUUACAGAAUUUAAAGGUGAAAGGAGAAGUAACAUACGAAGUGAAGGACCAGGCCUUCUGUUAUACAAUCAAGGAGGUCCCUGUAGAUCUUUGUUCUCUAUCAGCACAGCUUACAAAUUGGCUAUCAGAUAUUGAAAGUUGUAAGGUCCGGAAGUUGGAUGCGAUGUAUAAUGCAGCAGUCUCUGCUGUUGAUGCAUGUGAGAAGAUGGAAGGUUGUUCUGAUGGCCAGCAAACACUAUGUUUGCAAAGGAAGAUUUUGGAGUAUUUCAAUGGAGAAGAUGAUUUUAAUGUCCCUAAUAAUAUGGGUAAAAGCAGCCCCUUUUUGCAAGCAGAUAUAAAAGUGUUCCUAAAGAGCAAUUCACAGGCCAAAUACACCCCCAGAGCUGUUGCAAGGAUAAUGCAUGGCAUUCCAAGUCCAGCAUAUACUUCUGCAUUUUGGUCUAAAACUCACUUCUGGGGAAGAUAUACACAUAUAGACUUCCAGGCGGUAAUGGAAGCAGCAAAGGCGGAAUUGAUCAAUUUUGUGAGAAAGGAUGCAGUCUAGUUGUUUUUGAGCCAAACACCCUUUCUUGUUUGGUGAUCCAGAGGAGGACUACUGAAGUCUGGAAAAGAUCGACAUCUUCAGCCAGCAUGGAACAUUUUCAACAGUGAUGAAUUCUCAACUCUGGUGCUAUAGAUACAAGUUAUGGUAGGUAAGCACUACGCUGCGCCCAUCUUUCUCCUAU